AUGCACUUCAACUAUAUCGUCGUCUCAGGCCUUGUGGCUGCCGCUUCCCGGCAGGUCAAUGCUGUCCCCUGUCCCGAGCCGGCCCCGGUCUACAAGCCCAUCACCAGCAUCCAAUUGGGCCCGAGACCCUACUGGUUGAUCAACGACAUGGAUGAAGGUCCUCUCAAAGAGAAGCUGCAAUCGUGCUCAGAGCAGCCCAUCAAACCCUCCAACUGGAGCAUUGGUCACCGUGGCGGCGGUACCAUGAUGAUUCCGGAAGAGUCGGUCGAGUCAAACCUCGCCGGUGCCCGUAUGGGUGCAGGCGUUCUCGAGUGCGACGUCGCCUUCACCAAGGACCGCCAACUGGUCUGCCGCCACUCGCAGUGCGAUCUUCACACGACGACAAACAUUGUCGCCAUCCCCGAGCUCAACGCCAAAUGCACCACCCCCUUCACUCCCGCCGCCAACGGUACGGCCGCGACCGCCAAGUGCUGCACCUCGGACAUUACCGUCGCUGAGUUCAAGACUCUCUGUAGCAAGAUGGAUGGCUUUAAUGCCUCGGCCGUCACCCCUAAAGACUUCUUGCUCGGUACCCCAAGAUACCGAACCGACCUGUACGCUACCUGCGGCACUGUCAUGACCCUCAAGGAGCACAUUUCCAUGACCAAUGACUUGGGUCUACAGUUCACCCCCGAGCUCAAGCUUCCAGAGGUUAAGAUGCCUUUUCAGGGAGACUACACACAAGAACAAUACGCGCAGCAGAUGAUUGAUGAGUACAAGGAAGCUGGUGUUUCCCCUGACCGUGUCUGGCCUCAGUCAUUCCACUACCCUGAUAUCCUCUACUGGCUCAAGGCCGAGCCCGAGUUUGGCAAACAGGGCGUUCUCCUGGACGAGAGCGGAGAUACUCCCGAGACCUUCCCCCUCGCCGUUGCCAACUUGACCGAGUUCGCUGCUGCUGGUGUCAGGAUAAUUGCCCCUCCUUUAUACUACCUCGUUACCGUGGAAGACGACAAGAUUGUGCCUAGUACAUAUGCAAUCAAGGCCAAGGAGCUAGGCCUCAAGAUCAUCUCGUGGUCUCUGGAGCGUUCAGGCUUCCUAGGAGACGAGAGCAAGGGUGGCUACUACUACACCUCCAUCGCCAACGUCACCAACAACGACGGCGAUGUUUACAAUCUGCUCCACGUUCUUGCCCAGGAUGUUGGUGUCUUGAGCAUUUUUUCGGACUGGAGUGCCACUGUCACCUACUACGCCAACUGCUUUGGCCUGUUUUAG